UGCGCUUAAUCAACGGAGAAUUGGAGAACUACAUCAAGUAAAACGAUCGAAGUUGAUCAAUUAGUAAAGUCGCCAGAGAUAUGAUUUUUGAAAUUCAUUAGUUUUUGUUAAAUUUUCAGUUUCUCACACACAUAUGUCAUUUGUAUCUGCGGAUAGUUUUUUGUAGCAGUAGUGUGUCUUUCAUUUUAAUUUAUUUUGUUAAUCCGAAAUACAAUCCAUCAUGAGUCGCGUCAGGACAAAGACAGUCAAAAAGGCCGCAAAACUCAUCAUCGAGAAAUAUUAUACCCGAUUGACCAAUGAUUUCCAUACAAAUAAAAGAAUAUGCGAAGAAAUUGCUAUCAUCCCUAGUAAAUCUCUGAGAAAUAAAAUCGCUGGAUUUGUCACACACUUGAUGAAGCGUCUUAGACACAGCCAAGUACGUGGUAUUUCCAUCAAACUCCAAGAAGAAGAAAGGGAACGCAGGGAUAACUAUGUCCCUGAGGUGUCUGCUUUGGAGCAUGAUAUCAUCGAAAUUGAUCCAGAAACUAAAGAAAUGUUACAAAUGCUUGGUUUCAACAACAUCCCAGGCCUUCAACUAACGCAGUCACAAUUACCACCAUAUAGCAGACGUUCUUAAAGUUUAUUUUAUUAUAUUAAAUAAGAUUAUUAACAUUGCACUUUUCAGUAAAACUACAAGUUGACAUUCU